AUGCUGCUGGCGCUCAGCCUAUUUCCCCCUUCUUUGCAGCACCCUCUCCUCCCUCUUUCACAGCACCCCCUUUUCCUCUCUUUCAUAGCACCCUCCCUCCACUCCUUUGCACCUGGUGUGGAGGGUGGUCUGAUCAAUGUUCCUGACAGUGAUAUGGAGGAUGACUCUCAUGUUGAUGAUAGCCCUUUCAGUGCCCCUCUAGAUAGGGACUUCAAGAUAUGUGGUGAUGAGGAGAAGGAUAGGCUGGAGGUCAACUCCUCCUGGCAUUGUGCCAUUAGCCUUAACAGUCCUCCCAAAGUGAAUCUUGCACAGCUGCUCCUCUUCAUCAUUAACAACAUCCUUAUUUCACCAACAGCAUCACAAACAUCUCUUUCCAUGAAGCCACAGAGCUUCAUGAGCUUGCAAAAUAAGAGGACUUUGGUGGCAGAUAUGGAGGGUCAGAUCAGCAUGCUCAAUGAUAAGAUCAAAAGUAUGCAUAGUGACAUGUCUGAGUACUGGGAAUUGAGGAAUAAGUGUUACACCCUGAAGAUGAACUAUCAAUCCCAGCAAAAGGAACACCAAUGGCGCUGUGGAGAUGUUCCUAGUCCCUGGUCCUUGUCACCAUCAUCCUGA